AUGACCACAAACAAGUCGAGUCAAGUCAGCAAUGCCAGCACCGUCAGCACACAAACGUCGCAGAUACAUCGCGACCUCCUUGCUGCCUCAGCGAGAGGCAACGAAGAGAAGGUCCGCCAUGUUCUGAAGGAGGGCUCGCCAUGGAGCUCAUCGAAAGACCAAGCCGUCCUGCGGAAGGCCCUACAGAAGGCGUCAGCUCGCGACAACCUUAAUAUCAUUGACCUUCUUCUGAGAAGAGGCGCAGAAGUCGAUGCACAGACCGAAGACGAGUUUCCUGCUCUUUUUCGCGCGGCGCAAACCGGCCAUGCUGCCGUACUGACCGAGCUAUUGUCUCAAGGACCAAAUUUGGAGGCACACGAUCGAAACGGACAGACCCCCUUGUUCGUGGCUAGCGUCAGGGGCUACUCUGACAUUGUCGAGCUGCUGAUCGCCAGAGGGGCUGCUGUGGAUGCGCAAGACAAGGACGGACGCACCCCUUUGCUUGCCAUGGCCGCCGACAAGUCGAGCGCCGCAGCGUGGAGCAGCGGUGCCAGCGAAGUUGUGCGACUGCUCGUCAUUCAUGGUGCCAAUGUGAACUUCAAGGACAAGAUAGGUCGGACACCUCUUCUUUGGGCGGCCACCAACGGCCACUACCAUCUGGUCAGGAUGCUUUUGGAAACAGGUGCAGACGUUUCCGCCGCCAACAACAGAGGCCGUACGGCUCUCCAUUUGGCCGUGGAUAGCACCGAAAUUACGCAUACCGAAGAGAUCAUGAGGCUGCUUCUCCAAUAUCAGGCUGAUGCGUGUGCCAUAAGCGACGGUGGAUGGACGCCACUUCACAAUGCUGCCCAGAAGGGUCUAACCGGCGUCGUCGAGAGGCUGCUUGAAGCCGGAGCUUCGAUCAAUGCUAGAUUGACGAAUGGCAUGACAGCUUUGCACUGGGCAGCAUUCAAUGGGCUUGAGGAAGUUGUGGAUGUGCUGAUAUCCGAAGAGGAAGCAGACCUGGGCAUCAAGGACGGCUUCGGUCGAGCCCCUUGGCUGUGUGCCGCCGAGCAAGGGCAUUACGAGCUCAUCGAGCUACUUUGUCCGUCAAGGAACAGUCACAGGCUGCCGCGUGCUGUUCAAGACGCCUGUAAAGCGUUUUCUGCUACCGUGGUGGAGUUCAAAGAUUUCGGCGAAACACAACGCAAGUUCAAGCAUUCUGUAUACGACGUACUUUACGGAUGGAAUCAGAAGAACGGUCGCCCCAAAGUUCCGGCAUGGACGAGCACAGUUGGAGCUCAGAAUGACUUCAAAUGGAUCCAUCUUCCUACUAAUAACAUUGCAUGGGUUGAAACUCUCCUGAUUAAGUGGUUUGUCGAGUCUGGUUGUCGAGAUCUCGAAGGCUACAAGGCUCUCACAAAGUGCUUUGAACAAGAACACCGUGGCCCAUUGCCACACGCUAAUUUUAUGAGACCCUAUUGCCAACGUAUUUCGAACCUGCAUCCUAGUGAAGAGCCGGGUUUCGAUGCGGACAUGCUGGAUAUUCGUCCAUCUCCAGUUCGCCGGAGCGAGAGCAACCUGUCGCAAAUGACGAUCACCCAACGAGUCCCUGGAGGUGACGGGAAAAUCGUGCUAUUUAUGCCUUACCUCCAUUAUGAGACAGAUGAAGGGAGGCAGAAAAUGACAGACGCAAUCAGGCUUGUCGGAUCUGCGGACGAAACAUCCUCUGAUAGCUCCUCUCCAAACUUGUUGUUACUCCAGGCCUACUUGCAUGGCAAAACGAAGAUACAUCCGCGAAGGACUUUAGACCAGUUCUUCUACCACGGCUUGGAUACAAGUGCAAGAGACAGGGACCAAGUCGUUUACCGAUACUGUGAAGGUCAAGGGCAUCAACGCAAGAUAUUCAUGGUAGACCAGCUUUGGCUGUUUGUCCUUAGCAAAGAUCUUGUUGUAACGUGCUUUCCCGGACGCUGGGAGCACCAGACCAAAGACCCUCUCAACGUAUUAGACGGUAUCAUGGAAGAGAUGAACGCGAAGACUCGCCCAGCCGUACGAUCAGCUUAUGACCUUGCCAUUUUGAUCUCAUCUCGAUGCUCUGGAAUGUUCUCAAGGCACAGAUCAGACGACCAGAACUACCAGUUUCUCGAUAUGUUUGAGAGCUCCGUAGGUCGUGUGACUGAGGAACUGACGCAGCUGUUCCACAACUUUGAACAAGCAUCCACCCAAUCUCGGCAGUGGCUGCGACCAAAGCGAAGGCACCAAAUACUCAAGAGCUCAAAGGAUGAGAAUAAAUCUUUCGACCCCUUGCUAGACAUCAGAGCGGAAACCUCCCUUCUUACCGAAGUCAGAGACAUCCGUGACGAGCUGAAUAUACUCACCAUGGUCAUCAACUCACAGCUAUUCACACUGGGUGACUUCAGAAACUGCUUGGUCGAUGAGUUCAGCAAUGACCGAUACGGAUCCAACAAAAAAGUGUCGAGCUUCGUCAUGGAUAUUCGCAAGCGGAUGUUGGACCAAGAGCGCCGGCUAAAAGUACAUAAGCGCGACAUCGACGCCAUGAAUGAGCAAUCCGAGAGACUGUACAAGAGCCUCAGAGACCUCCUAGAUCUCAAACAGAAGCACUCCAAUGCCUUAGAGGCCCGGUUUUCGAGCGAGCAGGCCAUCGCUGCAGCAAAGGAAGGACAGACCGUCAUGGUCUUCACCAUAGUGACCAUCAUUUUCAUGCCAAUGUCCUUCAUAGCUGCAUAUUUUGGGAUCAGCAUCGAAAGCUUUGGAGAUGGCUUGCCAGACUCUUACGUGGCAGCCUGGACCUUUGGUGGUGGCUUAGCCAUCUCUGUGAUAUUCAUCCUCAUGGCUUUCACAGUGGUGGACAUAACCAAGGCCGUGGAAACCUUCUACUCUUUCACAAAACGACGUCUCAAUACGGAUGCGACACCACCUCAAGCAGGCUUGGGUACAAAGCCACUAUAUCGACAUAUUACCCCCAAAAUGUCUGCCAGUAAUCAGACUAUGGUCUUCAACGGGGACACGGACGAGGCAGCAGGUCCAGAGAAAAUAUACCGAGAGUACUCGAAGGCAUCAGGCGUGAGUGUGAUAACGAGGACGAUGUCACAUAUAUCUAAUUGGCAGGAUACCCCCAAAGAUGAUGUCGAGAAACAGGCUGGACGGGAAAGAGGGACAUAUCUUUGCCCGUAA